UGUCGAUCAUGCCAUGUAAGCAUGGGUUCCUUGAUGUUUCCCACCCUGUGCUACGGACAGCUUAGAAGGAAAACUUUACAUAUAAUCCACUCGAUCAUUUUCAUAUAUUUUGUAGGCAGCUGCAACUCAAAUCAAGCUUCUUCCCACUCUACAUCGAAACGAUUAACAUGGUUGACGUGCGUAUAAGUGAAGAGCAGCAUGCGGUGUUGCGGUCGCUGCUACGCCCUGAUGAGAUCAUCACUCCCGAGUCACCGGAAUACCAAUGCUUUGCUCAAACCUGGGCUUCUCAGAAGCAAAUGAACCCCGGUAUCGUGGUUCGACCAAAAUCAGCUGAGUCACUGAGUAAAACCGUUGCCUACCUCUACUCGACCGAUUUAGAUAUCGGAAUAUAUGGACAGGGGUUUAUGUCCGCAUCCGCAAAGGACGUCCUGAUCAAUACGUCGGCCUUUGAUGAUUUCCACUUUGACCAACACUCGGAACUGGUGACUAUUGGUGCCGGACAGACGUGGUCGGAGGUCUAUCGGAACCUAGAAAAAGCGGCCCCGGAAUAUGGAAUCGUGGGAGCCCGCACCCCUUGUGUCGGAGUGGCCGGCACUAUUGUCAGCGGAGGCUUUUCAUGGCUCUCCGGCGAGCGAGGUUGUGUCUCGGACCCCGCGAAUAUGUUAGAUGCGAAGGUCGUCAAGUAUGACGGCUCAGUCGUCUGGGCUUCGGCAGAGCCGGAGCUGCUGUGGGCAUUGCGUGGCGGCGGAGGUGGCUUUGGAGUCGUGGUGCAGGUUGUGCUUCGAGUAUUCCCUUAUCCUCAGGAUAUCUGGUCUGGCCGGAUCCUGGUCCCCCGGGAACGGCUUGAGCAGGUAGCAGAAGGGAUCGCCACGUUCCUCUCUCAGCCGCUUGAUCCUAAGGUCACGAUGUUUCUUUAUGUCGUCAAGAAGAAACUGCUCGAAUCCAUCGGAACGGACUCGGACAUGCUCGUCAUUCAUGCGUUCGACGCCCUUGGCGAAGCGCAUGGCCGUAUGAGUUUCCAAUGGGCGUUGGAUAUUCCCGGGGCGAUCGAUCAGACUAAGAUCAACACUCUAGCAGGAGUUGCAAAUUUGCAAGGUGAGGCUCCUGUACCGGGGCGAUAUCUAGAUUUUCGUAUCCAGGGAUGAGGCGCUGACCAUCUGUCCAGACAAGGCACAUAUUGUCAAAGGCUCCAUGAAACAGUUCUGGGCUCCUUUGAUGAUCCGAGAACUAUCUGCAGAGACCGUCGUCAGAGCUGUCCGAUGGUCUGAAGAGAUUCAACAACUUGAUGAGUCGGUUGCUGAUUGCACCUAUCUCAUUUUUGAGAUACUCAGCUCGGUCAGUAGAACCAACGACUAGAAAGAGUGGCACGAGCACGGAUUAACCGUCAGACUUAGUGUGAACCAGCUGGACCGAGAUCGAACUGCGCCUGGCCAAGGCCGGAGGGCGCAAAGCACAUCCUGUUACUCGGCACCGGAUGUCCUAGCGAUGCUGACCCUUCCAAAGAGAAGCUUGCACGAGACCUUGCCUGUCAGGCCGCAUCCCGAGUUCUCGGUGACGAUGCAGAGGUCCACUACCUGCCAAAUGGAUUUGAAGACUUCCAUGAUGCGAGAAAGACCUGGGGACCCCAUUACUAUAAGUUGCAGACCGCGAGAAGAGAUUACGACCCAAAGAACAAAUUCAAGGGUUUGAUCACUGCCUAUGAUGCGUAAAUCGGUUAUCCGUAGCGAAAUCGGGAAUGCUAAGUGAUUCCAGUUCUUAUCAUCGAGGCGUCCGAUAUCUUCGGGAGUGGGUGCCAAACGAAGUCGAGUGUCAUUGAACAAUUUUAGUCAUUAAUUCAAUCUUUCCAUGUUGUGGUAAGGGGGGGCUGGUGCAAUGGAGACUGUUCAUGUCAUAAGUCGAAGUAUGAGAAAGGUCUUGUUCAGAAAAAUGCCUCCCUAGGUGUUGCGCACGUGAGAUAACAAUGAAGG